CUCACUCCCAAAAUCACACCAAAGACAGAACAAUUAAAAAUCUAAUAGAAUGACUUGUGCAACAAUAUGGCAUUCGACUCUUGUCCUUUUCUUGCUUAUUGCAACGCUCUGUGCUGCGACUAAUGAUCAUAAAGAAGUUGGUGAUCUUGCAAUAGCUAGAAAGCAUGAGCAGUGGAUGGCUGAGCAUGGACGAAUCUAUGAGGAUGAAGCUGAGAGAGCUCGACGACUUGAAAUAUUCAAGGACAAUCUAAAAUUUAUAGAAGAUUUUAAUAAUGCUAGAAUGUACAACUAUACUCUGGGCCUCAAUGAGUUUGCUGAUCUUACCACAGAAGAGUUUACAGCUAUUUAUAGCGGUGGAUUAAUGAAACCAGAAAUAGAUUUUAUGGAGUCCCUUAGGUCCAUCAAGUAUGAGACUACUACGGAACAGCUCAAUGUUUCAGAUAUCUCAUCUAGUGUGGAUUGGAGGACCAAGGGUGCCGUAAACCCUGUUAUAAAUCAAGGGAAAUGUGGUAAGAAAUUUUUAUUCAAAGUUUUUAUUUUGUUUCUAUUUCAAGUUUUUAUCUUGUUUUUAGAAUAAACUACAUAAAGCACC